AUUUUUUGAUUAUUUAUAUCGACGUUCAAUUGGUCGGUCGAUCGGCGGCUAAUCAAGGCUCUCUAAGUGGAUCGGAAUACCUGAAUAUGUUGACGUGGCAAUUGUGGGGUGCAUUGUUGCUCGUGUUGUGGCUCUACUUCUUGUGGACGCGUCGCAGAUUCUAUCUGCUCACACUUAAGAUACCAGGCCCACUGGGCUACCCCAUCGUUGGCAUGGCUCAUAAGCUGAUUCGCAGAGAAAAUGUGCUGAAUGCAAUUGGCUUCUAUUUGGAUAAGCACGGACCAACAAUUUUUUCAUGGCUGGGUCCUUUACCAUUUCUGAUUGUGGCCGAUCCCCAAAUUAUACAGGAUAUAUUUACAUCGCCGCACUGCGUCAACAAAGGCAUCAUCUAUAAGGCGGUCGACGAUGGAGCUGGCUUGGGACUUUUUAGUUUGACAGAUCCUCGUUGGAGUGUGCAUCGCAAGCUGUUGAAUCCCACAUUUGGACACAAGGUGCUGCUCAGUUUUCUGCCCAUUUUCAACAACGAGACUGGAGCUCUCCUUAAGCAGCUGGACACAUUAGUUGAUGAUGGCGAAAAGGAUCUGAUACCUCUGCUGCAAGCCUUUACGAUCGGCAUUGCUACGCAAACAACAAUGGGCAGCGACGUGAAAGCCAUUUCGGAUAUUAAUAACAAUCAGCUGCUGGAGGAUUAUCAAUGUGUUUUGGAAACCAUGACAGACAUGUGCUUUUCGCCAUGGCUUAGCUCUCGAACAAUACGCCAGCUAUUUGGCAAGGAAAAGCGUUACGCGAUCUCCAAGUCAAGGAUAAGGGGAUUUAUUAGAAAGCUGAUUGAAAGAAAACUGGCAAGGGAUGCAGAGGUCGGCGAUACGGUUAAUCAGUUGCCUUCAGAUAAAAAUAUAUUUCUAAAUCUAGCUACGGAUCUCUUGAAACGCGGAGUAUUUACCUGGAAAAAUGUGGAGGAUGAAUCGAGUGUAAUUGUUUUUGGUGCCUUUGAAACAACAGCUAACACUGUUGCCUACACAUUAAUGUUGCUCGCAAUGUUUCCCAUGUACCAGGAGAAGGCAUUUGAGGAGAUUCUCACUUUGUUUCCCGACUCUGGGGACUUUGAAGUGACCUAUGAAGAUAUACAGCAAAUGGUCUAUCUGGACCUUAUUAUAAAUGAGUCAAUGAGAGUGAUGCCGCCUGUGCCGAUCGUAUCCCGGCAAACGUCGGAGGAUUUGUUGCUCUCGAGCGGAGUUAUUGUUCCGAAGGGCGUUCAAAUUGCAAUUAAUAUUUUCUACUUGCAUCGCAGCAAGCAAAUUUGGGGCGAAGAUGCGGAAACAUUCAAUCCGGACCACUUUUUGCCCCAUAAUUUGCAAAAUAAACAUCCAUACGCGUACAUACCUUUCACAAAAGGCAUACGGAACUGCAUAGGUUGGAGAUAUGCGUUAAUUUCAGCAAAAAUUACCCUGGCUAAAUUAUUAAGAAACUUCAAAUUCUCAACUAGCUUUAAUUUCGAAGAUCUUUAUUUCGUUGAGGAUAUAACGAUAAAACUUAAAACAGUGCCACAACUGAAAUUAGAGCGGAGGACUUUAUAGCUUAA